ACCAAAAAAAAAAAAAUCGAGAAAUAAUAUAUUUAUACACACAACGGUUUCACUUUUUGCGAGUUGUAUACAACAAAAUAUAUAAAAAUUACAGUUGUUAAAAGGCCACCAGUUGCCUGAUAGAAAGUGUUGGAAAACGCCUGAUAAAUAAUCCACAACAAAAAUAGUGCAAAUAAAUGUGCAAAAAUCAAUUCAAUCCUGUAUAAAAUGUCGCCUAAAACUAAGUCAAAUUUAAAGGAUUAACGCAUUUUUUCAUAGAUUAAUAGAUCUAUGGGAUUAUUACUCCUUCUUUGGAUCUAAAUAAUUACUCUAAAAAGUGUUUCAUUUACGUUUGUUUCGUACGCGUUUUUCCAUGUGUGCAUCAUCCCCCUCUCGAUCCUAAAUCCUCCAGUUAGACAUCAAAAAAUCAACGACGAAAAUUACAGCAGAAGCAGCAGCAGCAGAAACAGCCAGCAAAUCAUCGGGAGCCUCAUCUAACGCUGCAGCUAACAGAUGAGCCCCAACAACAGAUGUCAAUUGCUGCAGCCGAAAAUGCAGGGCUUAGCCCAAGUGACUUACCAGAUCAUUGGGCCUCAGGCACAGCGAACCCCACGACAUCAACCUCAAGCAGCAGCAGCAGCAACAGCAGCAGCAGUAGCCUCCACCACAGCGGAGGCAGCAGCGGCAAGUACAACAACAACAGCAGCAACAUCUCCGUGUGCAACCUGCCACGCUCCUCGCCGGCCGCCGCCACAGCAGCCGUCACCCUAUCUGCGGCCGCGGGCGGCAGCAGCCUGCUGAGCGGCCUGCACCACGGCCUGGCGCUCGGCACCCACCCACUGCAGCGCGCAACGGCGGCGAGCGGAGGCGGCGGCGCUGGUGCCGGGGGCGUUGCAGGCGCCUCCACAGCGUCCUCACUCUCGCUCCAGCAGCAGCAGCAGCAUCAGCAGCAUCAGCAGCAGCAGUUGCAACAGCAACAGGCACUGCUCUUCCAACAGCAGCACCACCACCAGCAACAGCAGCAGCAACAGCAGCAGCAGCAGCACCUCAACAACGCUCAUCAUUCUCUCCACAACAAGGCAGCGGCAGUCGCCGCCGCAGCCACGGCCAACAUCGCAGCAGCGCUGCAACGCUCGCCAGCCAUUAUGAAUGCGGUGGCGUCGCCGAUCUCAGCCAGCAGCGCAGCCAACGCCGCGACGUCCGGCCGGAAGAUACGCCGCAAGACGGAUUCGAAGGUUAAUUUGCCGCAAUCACAAAUCAACAAGUGCAACAAUGAGAAGCGGCGUCGCGAGGCGGAAAAUGGUUAUAUCGAGCAGUUGUCGGAGAUACUAACGCUGAACAAGCGUGGGGAUAUGACCUCAACGAAACCGGACAAGGCGGCUAUAUUGAAUCAAGUGGUUCGAACGUAUCGUGAAAUUUGUGACAAAGGCCAAAAUCGUGAUAUAUCCUCAACUUCAACCAAUAACAACAACAACAACAACUCGACAGCGACAACCAACAACAACACAAACAAUAAUAACAACAAUAGCAACAGCAACAACAACAACAACAAUAGCAAACAACAAACAACCUCAACGCCCCGCUGCAGUCGCUGUGCCACGGACAACUGCUCGAUCCAUCCGGUGCAACAGGGAGAGGUCUCCUCGACAGAGCCACCGCUGCCACUGCCACUGCCGGUGCCGCUGCCGGAGCCGUCGCUGCUGCUCGGCCAGGUGCCAGAGAUCUCCGCCUACUUCGAGGCCAUCGAGCACUACAUCAGCGGCGUGGGCUGGGUCCUGCUGCAGGUGAACGCCAACGGCAUCAUUGAGUCCUGCACGCAGAACAUCCGCGAGCUGAUCGGCUAUGAGAAGCAGGAGCUCUACCACCAGCCCCUCUACAUGUACCUCUACGCGGGGGAUCACGCCAAGCUAGAGCCGAUCAUCAACAACAUGUACAGUGGCGGCGGAGGAGCGGCUGCUGCUGGAGGCAGUGCAGCAGCCAGUGGAGGUGGAGGUGGAGGCGGGGGCUGGGGCGAUCUGGAUGAGCUGAACAACGGCAACGCGUCGCAGCAGUCGGCGGGGUCGAACUCCAGCUCGGGGAACGCGGGCAACGCGGGCAAGUCCAAGCGGAGUAUCUCCACCAAGGUGCGCAUGCUAGUCAAGGACACGCGAACGGCCACCCAGACGUCGUCCAACUGCGAGGCGGGCAUGGAUCAGAAGCCGCUGAGGCAGUCCGGCCAGCAGGACAAGUACGAGGAGGUGGUCCUGAUAGCGGCCCCCGUCAAGGAUGAUGCGGAUGCCAGCAGCUCGGUGCUGUGUCUGAUCACGCGGCCGGAGGACGAGUCGCCGCUGGAGAUCAACAUGCAGCAGCACGUUCAGCAGCAGCCCAUCGAGCAGAUGACCUUCAAGCUGGACAUCCACGGCAAAAUACUCAGCCUCGAUCCCACCGCCCUGCGGGAGCCCUUCAAGCAGCACCUGCAGGCCUGGGUGGGUCGCCUGUGGCAGGACCUGUGCCACCCGCACGACCUCUCCAUGCUGAAGUCGCACCUGCGCGACAUCCAGGACUCGGCCAGCCCCCACUCGCCCGCCAGCGGUGGUCCCGGCUCCGGCUCCGUGCACAUAUCCAACAGGGUGUCGCGUCCGUUCCGCCUGCGCCUGGGAGCCCCCGACGUCUACGUGCAUGUGAAGGCCAACUCGAGACUGUUCCUCAACCAGACGCCCGGCGAGGGCGACUUCAUCAUGUCGGUGCAGACGCUCCUCAACUCGGAGAACGACAUGAACAGCAACAACACGGUAGCGGGAUCGGGAUUGGGAUCGGGAUCGGGAUCUGUGUCCGGUGCGAGCACUGGAGCGGCACCUGGCGCGAGUGGCGGUGGCGGUGGCGGUGGCGGUGGCGGCGGCGUCAUGGGCGGAAUGAGCCAACUGUGCGCCAUGUCGCCGGGCCCCUCGCUGGCCAGCUCCCUGCUCAACAGCCUCUCGAUGGACGGGCUGCACAGCAGCUCCACCUCCUCGCCUGCGGCCUCCGGCAUGCUGCCGACACACCUGCUGGGCGGCCUGGUGGGCGGCGGACAGCACAACAACGGCAACGGGAACAGCACGCAGACGACCAAUGUGGGCGGGCCGCUCAUGAGCAGCGCCAUCCUCAACGGCACCGGAAUGCAGCAGCAGCAACAGCAGCAGCAGCGGUCCUCCUCCGCGUCCAGCUCCUCGGCGGCGAACCUGGUGAACGCGUUCACCGCCUCGCCGGCGCCCGGGGAGCACAGCUUCUACGGCAGCGACACCUUCGAAUUCGACAUUGCACAUUCCUCCUUCGACAUCGAUCCCAGCGGCGGCGUCGGCGGCUGGACGGACUCGCGUCCCAAUUCGCGAGCCUCCGUUGCCACGCCCGUGAGCACGCCGCGUCCGCCCUCCGGCCACGGUUUCAGUCCCGCCGUUUGCGCCUCCCCGGCCACGCCCUACCAGCUGUCCUCGCACUCGGCCGCCAGCCUUCCAUCGCCGCAGUCGAACGCCAGUGCUGGCGGAGGCAACUAUGGUUUCAACUUCCACUCCUUCGAGCCGGGCGACACCAAACCGGAGAAGGAUCCCCAGCAGCAGCAGCAGCAGCAGCAGCCGAGCAACAACAGCAGUAGCGGGGGACCCAGCAGCAACAGCAACGCGAUGCUGGGAGGCCUGCCCAACGGUGUGGGCGGAUUGUUGCUCUCCCAACAGCAGCAGCAGCAGCAGCAGCAGCAGACGGUGCCACAGCAGCAACAGGAAUCCUCGGAACGAUUGCGGCACCUGUUGACAAAGACAAUGGCCAGCGGUCUGGGAGGACUGGGAGGCGAUGAGGAGAAGUACUUUAAGCAGGAGAGCAGCGAAGACGAGAAGCUCAGCGGUGGACCCGCUGGCAGCUUCAAGAUGGGCGGCCAGCCGGGAGGAGGAGGAGCACUGGGAAUGUUUGGACCCAUGGGGCCGAUGGGACGCAGUGCAAGCGCCACGGCGACGCUGCUGCACAAGGCCGGCAACUCACAGAACCCCAUGCUGCUCAAGCUUCUCAACGAGAAGACAGACGAUGACGAUGGCAGCGGUUCGGGCGGCGUGCCGGGAGCCAUGAACAAUGCCCGACAGAGCGAACUGAUGCGGCAGCUGAAGAACAACGACGGAGGCCACGGGUCCGGCCAUGGGUCCAUGCACCGGGUGGGCGCCGGCGGGAACAUGAGCAACGAGGACCUCAAGGCCAUGCUGAAGAUCCAGAGCGAUCCCUCGCUGAGCCGCAAGCGCUCGCUCAACGAGCCCGACGACGACCUGUCCUCCGCAAAGCGGUCCGAGGACAAGCCCAGCAAGCUCUGCACCCAGAACAAGAUGCUCGCAAAGCUGCUGCAGAAUCCGCCAAAGAUACCCAAAGCCCCCAAUGCCGAGCAGCCGCUGGUGAAGACGCUGCCCGACAUCACCAGCUCCUCGAUGUCCUCGGGCAGCUCCCUCUCCGCACCCGGCAACCUCAUCAGCGCCGGCAGCACAGGACCCAAGGCGGCAGCCAAUCGAAACCGCAAGCAGCAACAGCAGCAGCAACAGCAGCAACAACAGCAACAACAGCAGCAGCAACAACAGCAGCAGGCAGCCAGCAAUCCUUCCCAGCAGCAGCCGCAGUCGCAGCCAAACGAUGUCUACCUCAGCCAGCAGCCGCACCAGCAGCCGCACCAGCCCCCGCAGCUAGCCUUCCAGCAGCAGCAGCAGCUGCAACUGCAACAACUGGCGACCUCAGCAUCUACCUCAAUUACCACAGCGGCCUCGACCUCGGCGGCUGCGGCGGCGGCAGCGGCGGCCAUUCUGGGCGACGGCGACACGGAAUUGUCCAAGCUGCUGGACAGCGUCAUGGAAUACUACCCGGACGACACGCCCAUUGUGACGAACGCCCCAUCGGCGGCCUCCGCCAUCAGCGAUAUCCAAAAGUCGCUGAUGCUCGACGUGGAGUCCGCCGCCUUCGGCAACGACCUGGGCCAGCACAUCCUCAUGAGUCAGCAGCAGCAGCAGGCGGCGCAACAGCAGCAACAACAGCAGCAGCUCUUGGCCCUCCAAGUGGCGGCCCAGCAGCAGCAGCAGCACCGUCAGCAGCACCUUCAGCAGCCGCCCGCCUAUCCGGGCAUGCUCAGUCUCCAGCAGCAGCAGCAGCAGCAGCAGAACCAGCAGCAGCAGCACAUCAUGCAGCGACUGGACGCCAUGCGCAACCCGGUCUUCCAGCGACCGCCACCCAUGUAUCCUGCCCGUGGCCGCGGCCCUAUGAAUGCCGUCGCCACGCCCGGCGGCGCUGUGCUGCCCGCCCAGCAGCAGCUCCGCAAAAUGCAGCAGCAGCAGCAGCUGAAGGAGCGUCUGCUGCAGCAGCAACAGAAGCAGCAGCUUCUGGUCCCCGAGAAUGCCACUGGCAUCAAUGCGGGCCUCAACAACAUUGGCUCGCUGCUGAACACCACGGUGGCACCCAAUGUCUCCCUCUCGCGCACCAAUCUGCCCGCGGACGCUCAGCUCAGUCCGGGCUAUGCCCAGGCACUGAUGCAGCAGCAAUUGAGUCCCGGACGGAGUACACCCUACAGUCCGCAGCCGAAUCAAGGCUAUGCGCCGCAGUUUCCACAGCCGGGCCAGCGUUUGUCGCCGCAGCAGCAGCAACAGCUCAACCAACAGCAGCAGCAGCAGCAGCAACAGAACAACGCCCAGGUGCAGCAGUUGGCCUACCAGCAGCAGCAGCAACAACAGCAGCAGCAGCAGCAGCAGGUGGGCGAUGGGGGACGCUCCAACACGCCGUUUGGGUCCAAUUCGGGCCUGCAAUCGCCGGGCAUGCAAAACAGUCCGCAGCAGUGGCCCACCGGUGGAGGAGGGGGCGGACCGGGAGGUCCGUUGCCCUCUGGCAAUGCGGGGCGAACGCUGCAGCAGCACAAUCCCAUGCUGAUAGCGCAGUUGCAGGGCGUCAGUCCGUAUAAUGCACGUCAAUACCAACAGAACCAGAGACGCGGCCUCAACUCUCCCGGCGCCCAGGUCGGGCCCGUGGGCAAUGCAGCGGCGGUGGCUCUGCAGCGCCAGAACUCGUUCCAGGGACAGGGAGGCGGAGGCGGAGGCGGAGUCGGAGGUGCGACGACACCCGAUGGCAGCGGCGGACCUGGUGUCGGCGGAUUCGGCGGCCCCCAGUCUCCGUAUGGCAACAAUGUGAACGUGUUCCAGCAGCAGCAGCAGCAGCUGCAGCGACUCCAGCGCCAGGGCAGCGUCCCGCAGGCCACGCAGCAUCUGCCAGGCUCGCCACGCUUCGGCUGCUCCCCGGGCACGGCCUCAAACAGCAGCAGCCACAGUCACAGCCACCACACAGAUAAUGCGGCUGCAGGCAAUCCUUCCCAGCAACAGCAGCAGCAGCAACAGCAACAACACCAGCAGCAACAGCAACAGCAGCAGCAACAACAACAGCAGCAGCAGCAGCAGCUCAUGAACGGCCUGAGCAUGUCGCCGCAUCCACAUCCGCAUCCGGCCAUGAUGGGCGUGGGCGGCAUGGGCAGUGGCGGAGGCAAUGGCAUCAUUGGCCUUGGCGGAGGUGGCGGCAAUGUCAACUAUGCCGCCGCAAUGGCCGGCUAUGGGCAGGCCCAGCAGCCGCAGCCGCAGCAGGCGAAUGAUUUCUAUGGUCGAGCGCAGACCGCUGGAAACGGAGGAGGCGGUGGCGUUGGCGCAGGGGCUGGAGGCAAUGCCAAUUCCGAUUUCGUUAAGCAGGAGCUUCGGGCGGUGGUCAGUGUGAGGCAGCAGGCGGCUGCGGCGGCCACUGGCGGCGCCGGCGGGCCUGGAGUUGUGGCCCAGCGCGGCCAGACGCCACAGAGUCCGCUGCAGCAGGGACCAGUGAUCGGCGGCGGAGGCGGCAUUGUCGGUGGCCCAAAUAGUACAAAUGCCAUGGGCAAUGUCACGCCCACGGGCGUCAGCAAUGUCAGCAACUCUAUGCUCAAUACGCCGCCGGAUCAAACGCUCGGCUUCAACUUCGAGACGCGUAAGUGAAUCGAUUUACUUUGC